GCUCAUGGCAGUGAGUGCACAGCUGAUGGUGGGGCUCCAGGCAGUGUGUAAGUCAGGCCCUGUGUGUGUCGGGGUGUAACUCCAGGGCCUCCUCUGGACUGGGCACCUCGGACUUGUUUACUGGCGGCGCCCAAAACUGCGGAGUUAAAAGCCAGUCACAGGACUGGAUGCCGAGGCUCUUCCAGGGCCGUGAAUCACCGGGGGAGGGAAUGGGGAAAAGUGACCCAGAGAUGAGCAACUGGUAACGCGGCCAAGUCUCCAGAUUGGAGAGCCUUGGAGAGCUCCACAAAAACGUUACUUCUGCAAUGAUGAUGGAAGCUGAAGACUGUUUGCACACCGACUCCCACUCUCAAAUGGAGGACGAAGAACCAUUGAUUUCCAAGCCGGCAGGGAUAAGUUAUUUUCACCCUGCACCUCAGGACAAGUACAACCUUGUGUACAUCAUUUUCUUUUUCCUUGGGAUUGGAUCAUUGUUACCCUGGAACUUUUUCUGCACUGCCAAGCACUAUUGGUUGUACAAGCUGAACAAUGGAACACAACAAUCUGGCCAUGGGAGUGAUCUCAGUAUUAAUUUUGAAAGUUAUCUUUCAAUUGCGUCAACUGCACCCUCAGUAUUGUGCCUCAUGCUGAACUUCAUUCUGGUGAACAGGAUUUCUUCAAAUGUCCGAGUUCUGUCCUCUCUGUUUAUUAUGCUCCUCAUAUUCUGUGUCACCACGGUGCUGGUCAAGGUGGAUACUUCUCAGUGGACAUACCAGUUCUUUGGAGUGACUAUGAUGUGUGUAGUCAUCAUCAGCGGUGCUUCCAACGUGUUCCUGGGAAGUGCAUUUGGAGUAGCUGGAAGGUUUCCCAUGAAAAAUGCUCAAGCCUUAAUUUCGGGACAAGCUAUGGGAGGAAUGAUUAGUGCUUUGGCAUCAGUGAUAGACCUUGCAGCUGCUGAGAACGUUUCUGACAGUGCGCUGGCCUACUUCCUCACUGCUGAUUUUUUCCUUGUGAUUUGUAUCAUCAUGUAUUUGUUGCUGUCCAAAAUUCCAUACUCCAGAUACUACCUCAACAACCUUGAGGGAAGGAUCGUAUCUGCUGCUGGUGAACUCGGAGGAUCAUUCAAUGAUGAUACAGGAUAUUCCACCAUAAAUGGGUUAGUCGUGAGCACCAGUGAAACCAGCAGCCAGGUGCCUCCAUUGAAGCCCAUCCUCAAAAAGACUGCAGUCCUGGGUUUCUGUGUGUUUUAUACCUUUUUUAUUUCCAUCAUUGUGUUCCCUUCGAUCUCUUCCAACAUUGAAUCUGUUUCGAAGAAUUCAGGUAGUGCGUGGACCAAUAAGUACUUUAUACCUCUGACCAGCUUUCUUCUGUACAAUUUUGCAGACUGGAGUGGUCGACAAAUAACUGUUUGGAUCCAGAUCCCUGGACCGAAGAGUAAAUUGCUUCCUUUUUUAGUGAUGCUGCGAACUCUCUUUUUACCCUUAUUCAUAUUUUGUAAUUAUCAGCCAAGGCACCAUAUACGCAAGGUUAUAUUUGAUCAUGACUUUUAUCCUGCUAUUUUUGUAUCUCUUCUGGGCUUCAGCAAUGGAUACCUAGGAACAUUACCAAUGAUUUAUGGACCAAAGGUUGUGCCAAAAGAAUUAUCUGAACCCACUGCAGUUAUGAUGUCUUUCUUUCUUACUCUUGGGCUAGCUGCUGGAUCUGCCUUCUCUGCCAUUAUUGUUCACUUGAUCUAGCAGAAGUGUCAAACACUGCAUAUUCUUAAAUAUUCAGCUUGAGUGUAUCUCAAAUUUGACAAUGGGUUAGAGUGGUUUUGAGGAUAAUAAUACACAAAGCUUGGAGAUAGUUUCACUAUGGUGCUUAACCCUGAACCUGAUAUGGAGACAAGAAUCUGAGUUGGAUGCUUACCAGUACAUCUAGUUAAAUCAUACUUUUAUUUUGGAAGGGGAAAAGAAGGAUCUGACCCCUGCUCAGUGACUUUCAACAUGGUGAGUGUUACAAAUUCAAUAAGUUGCCUGCUGUAGGAAAGACUGCACAUUGCCAGCUCUUGCCACCAAGCAUUGCAGCACCAAAGUGCUGUUACACCUUGCCCUCUAGAAGGACAAGUUCACAAACUUUUUUUAAAAAACAUUAUGAGCCAUAUUAGCUCCAUUUAUUUCCCCAUUUUUAAUUCCCGAACCCCGAGAUGUGGUAACUGAUGAUUAUUGGAAGCAUAGUUUGUUGUUUGUUGCUAUUAAUCCUGAAACUACACAGGGUUUUUUUUUCUCAUAGAACAUGUAGUUGAAUUAGUUGCGCUGGUUUUCCCAGCCUGCCAGGCCCAGUGAGCAGAAUUACUGUUACGUGAAUCAAGUCUCUUCUGGAAAAAGAAGUGUUGAAGCUGAUAUCUGGAAUAAAAUGCAAGUAACCAAAGAGGAGUGUCACUUAUUCUCAUCUGCAGAAUAUGCUUAAGGACCCAUGUUACAAUGUUCAAGGGUUUUUAGUUCUGCAUUGAAUGGAAGUGUUGCUGCUUUCUCCUUUUCAUCCCAAAAAGUUAUAAAAAUGAAUUAAAAUCAUUCAGUGAUGAGAAUACAAUAUUAUAACUGAAAAUCUAAUUAUUUAAGUGUUGUUCCUAAGAAAUGUUACUUUUUGUCCAAUUUAGAAGGUGGGGAUUUUCUGAAUUAAUUUUAUUCUGCUCAUAGAUGAUUUUUGGUCUGGUGUGUUGCAUUUUGGCUUUGAAAUAUGAUGGAUAUAUCUUCAAACCAAGGUUCAUGCUUCAUGUUUUUCAUAAGACCAAGAAUCCUGAUUUUUAAAAAAAAAAACAAAGUGCACAUUGUGUCAGAAUCUCACGCUGGUUGUAAAAGUGAAAUAAAUCUGAUGAUGAAAGCUU